UCCGCUUUCGUCUCGUUGACUGCGGAAGUAGCGAUUUGGAGACCGUUAGCCGGUGAAAACACAUCGCCCCCGGCGGUUCGCUUCCCGUUACACCGUACACAUCUCUAAGUUUACUCAUGUUAGUCUGCUAUACGGUCACCGCAACUCACGCCGUCCACCAUGGGUGUUAGCAGGAGGUCCAGUUUGAGGAUGGGUUCUCUACAGUAGCUGUCUGGGCCCGACGGCUCGUCCUGGAGGUCCUGCAUGGCGGUCCCGGUCCAGUUCCUGUGCCGGGGGAUUCGUACUGUCGGAUUAGUUCUCCUCUACUAUGUCUUCUCUAUAGGCAUCACGUUCUAUAACAAAUGGCUGAUGAAGGGCUUCCAUUAUCCCCUCUUCAUGACGCUGGUUCACCUCACCAUCAACUUCUGUCUGUCAGCGCUGACUCGGCGGGCCAUGCAGUGCUGGAUGGGGAAACCUCGCAUCGUUCUGAGCUGGACGGACUAUAUCUAUAAAGUGGCUCCAACAGCUUUUGCAACAGCACUGGAUAUUGGACUUUCCAACUGGAGCUUCCUCUUCAUCACCAUUAGCUUGUACACCAUGACCAAGUCCUCAGCGGUGCUGUUUAUCCUCUUUUUUUCUCUGGUCUUUAAACUGGAGGAGCCUAAUCCAUUCCUGAUCCUGGUGGUCCUGCUGAUCUCCAGCGGUCUGUUCAUGUUUACGUUCAAGUCGACCCAGUUCAACCUGGAGGGCUUCGUCAUGGUGCUGCUGGCCUCCUUCAUCGGAGGGAUCCGCUGGACCCUCACUCAGGUCCUCAUGCAGAAAGCAGAGCUGGGCCUUCAGAACCCGAUAGAUGCCAUGUACCACCUACAACCUCUCAUGUUCCUCGGCCUCUUUCCCCUCUUCCUGUAUAACGAAGGGCUGAGCCUCAGUACCUCAGAGAAGUUAUUCCGGGUGACAGAACUUUCUCCUCUGCUGUAUUCCCUCUUCACGCUGAGCAUCGGUGGCUUGCUGGCCUUCGGUUUGGGCUUCUCGGAGUUCCUGCUCGUCUCCAGAACCUCCAGCCUCACUUUGUCCAUAUCAGGAAUCUUUAAGGAGGUGUGCACUCUGCUGCUGGCUGCGUCUCUGAUGGGAGACAGAAUGAACGCAGUUAACUGGCUGGGAUUUGCAGUGUGUCUGUCUGGCAUUUCACUGCAUGUGGGACUCAAGACAUAUUAUUCCAAAAAUAAAGGCCCGUCUUUAAGGCACCUCAACACCAAGAGCCCCGAGCUGGAGCUGCCUCUACUGCGUCAGAACGGAGAUAAAGGCGACGACUCGGCCGCUGACGAAGACGAGGAACAAGAAAUCACCCUGCACUGAUACCACAGGACCACGUCUUCCUACACAACAGUGAUAUCAGAGGAGCGUCUUCAGAGUGUUUAAAAGCCGGGAACACUGCCACAACAAACAGAGGAAAUCCUCUAUUUCUUUCCCGAGGCCAGGGCCUCCUGUCGGCUCUACAUUAACUGUGACACAAAAUGAUGAUGUUUCGCCUUCGGGGAGGUUCAAAAUGUAGCCGAUACCUGCCAGUGUCAAGUAUGAUGUAUGGAGAGAGUGUUUCAGCUUUAACAGGAUAUUUCUGACACUUGGGCCAUCUUUCUUUGCCAACUUGCCACAUUGGAAAUAUGUUAGUUUAGUUUUACAUGUUAGGAAACUGAAGGGUGUCGCAGAUUUAUCAUGUGUAGAGAAGAGGAACUAGCUAAGAGUUAGCCGACUGACAACUGUGGAAGAAUGUAGCACGAUUCCCAGUAGCGUUGUUUUGUGUGAAAUCAGGAAUAAUAGAUGGAAAAUAUACUUCUUCUGAUUGCUGUUUUUGCUGCUGACAUCUUUGUGUUAUCAAAUCCAGUUUAAUAGAGCUGCAGCCAAGCAUUAUUAUUCUUCUAAUCAGUAAAUCUGCAGGUUACUUUCUUUCCUAAUGGAUUAAUUUGUUUGGUCUAAAAGUUUCCUGAAGCCUUAAGGUUAAUUCAAAAACGUGAUUAAUUUUCUAUUUUUGACUACCAACUAAGUGACCAUUUCAGACAUUUACAGAAUCAUUACAAAGUUCGGAUUGAUGUCAGGUUUUAUGCCGUAAAGUCCCCACGAAGUUGAUUUUAUAAUGUGUGUCUUAAUGCUGUGACAUUUAACAAUAUGGUUGUUUUUAAUCAAAUUUGCUUCUCAUGUUGGGAAGUCUGGAACAUUCGAUGAUUGCAUGUAAUCGGUUGCAUCGUUUGAGGCUUUUUCAUCGAGCGUCCAGAAGUUGGUGUGCAGAGACCUUAAUGUGCCUUAUUAACAGCAGCCGCCUCUCUCAAGAGCUAUUUUCAGAAUCCAUUCAGUCCGAGUCAGUGGUUGUGUAGCCGGAUCACUUGAGUUUAAAGCCAUUUCUGAGAGGGGUGAAGUGUUUUUUCUGUCAUGUUUUUCUGUGAAAUGCAGCGUUGUUGCACUACUCUGAGAAAUAAAGUGACAAAGAAGAAAAACAAA